AUGAAUGGCUACACUGAAUUUUCCCCCAGCCCCAGUGACCCCUCCAAGGAUGUGCUGAAGCCUGAGCCCAGCCGAGCCCUGCUCCAGGAAGACGUGGAGAUGAGCAGCGGCUCCAACGGAAAUGAAUCCAAUGAGAGUUGCUCCCCAGGGCAGGGCAGCGACUGGGAUGACACCAAGGGGCUGGGAAUGCUGGGGGAGCCGCCAGACGCCCACCAGGGCCCGGGGGCCUUUGGCCUGAUGAUGGCCACAUCUGCACAGAACCUGUCCACGAGUGGCUGCAGCAGCGAGCAGUCCAGCAAAGCGGAUGUGCACAGGGAGCUGAUCAAGACCCUGAAGGAGCUGAAGGUCCACCUCCCUGCGGACAAGAAGGCCAAGGGGCGGGCCAGCACGCUGGCCACACUGAAGUACGCCCUGCGGAGUAUGAAGCAGGUGAAAGCAAACGAGGACUAUUACCAGCUACUGAUGUCCAGUGACAAGCCCCCAUCCCUGGACGUGCCCGCCUACACAGUCGAGGAGAUAGAGAGCAUGGCCUCCGAGCACGUCGUGAAGAACACGGAUAUGUUCGCUGCGGCUGUGUCCUUGGUAACGGGGAGAAUCCUGUAUAUCUCAAACCAAGUGGCGUCCAUCUUUCACUGCAAGAGAGCCACCUUCACCAACGCCAAGUUCGUGGAGUUCUUGGCGCCUCAUGACGUCAGUGUGUUCCGCAGUGCCACCACUCCAUACAAGCUGCCAUCCUGGGGCACCUGCGGCGGGACAGAUUCUUUCCCUCAAGGAUGCAUGGAGGAGAAGUCCUUCUUUUGUCGCCUCAGUGUUGGGAAGACCCACGAGAAUGAGGUGCGUUACCACCCAUUCCGCAUGACGCCUUACGUGGUCAAGGUGCGCGACCCCCAGGGCCCUGCGAGCCAGCUCUGCUGCAUCCUGUUGGCCGAGAAAGUGCACUCCGGCUAUGAAGCUCCUCGGAUCCCUCCUGAGAAAAGGAUUUUUACAACCACACACACACCAAACUGCUUGUUCCAGGACGUGGACGAAAGGGCGGUCCCCUUGCUGGGCUACCUGCCUCAGGACCUGGUAGAGAGCCCCGUGCUCCUGCAGCUGCACCCGAGUGACCGGCCCCUGAUGCUGGCGGUCCACAGGAAGAUCCUGCAGUCCAGCGGACAGCCUUUCGACUACUCACCCAUCCGUUUCCGUGCCCGCAACGGCGAGUACAUCACACUGGACACCAGCUGGUCCAGCUUCAUCAACCCUUGGAGCCGGAAGAUCGCCUUCAUCAUCGGGAGGCACAAAGUCAGGGUGGGCCCCUUGAAUGAAGACGUGUUUGCGGCCCAGCCAGGCGCGGAGGAGAAGGCCCUGCCCGCCAGCGCCCAGGAGCUAACUGCGCAGAUCUACCGGCUGCUGCUGCAGCCUGUGCCCCACAGUGGCUCGAGCGGCUAUGGCAGCCUGGGCAGCAACGGGUCCCACGAGCACCUCAUGAGUCAGACGUCUUCCAGCGACAGCAAUGGCCCCGAGGACGCCCGCCAGAGGAGGCCUGAAAUUUGUAAAAACGUUGUUAUCAAGGCCAAAACCAAAAGCCAUUGUUCUCAUGAAUCCGGAGAGCAGAAGCGAACACCUGUUACAGAACUUCACAGUCGUCCCCCAGUGAAGGCGGCCCUGGCUGUGGACCAGGAGGGCCCAGGCACCAGUGUCCCCAGAGCCACCCUCCCGGAGGAGCUGGCAUACAAGGCCCAGCCCACCUGCUCCUACCAGCAGAUCAGCUGUCUGGACGGUGUCAUCAGGUACCUGGAGAGCUGCAGCGAGGCUGCCACACUGAAGAGGAAGUGCGAGUUCCCAGCCAGCGUCCCGGCCCUAAAUGCCAGUGACAAGCGCAAGGCCACUGGAGAAGCCCUGUUGAAGCCUGCCAAGGUGGACAGCCACGCUGAAGUCAGCGCUCACCUGACCUCGCUGCCGUUGCCCAGCAAAGCUGAGAGCGUGGUGUCCCUUACCAGCCAGUGCAGUUACAGCAGCACCAUCGUCCACGUUGGGGACAAGAAGCCGCAGCCUGAGCUAGAGAUGAUUGAAGACGCCACGAGUGGGGCUGAGUCCCUGGAUGGCCCGGCUGGCCCCACGCUCAGCUGCAGCUUGGGCCCUGAGACGGAGCCCCUUAAGAAUCUGGGCCUCACCAAGGAGGUGCUGGCCGCUCAUACCCAGCGGGAAGAGCAGAGCUUCCUGCACAAGUUCAAGGAGAUGCGGAAGCUUGGUGUGCUGCAGUCACACUGCCACCACUACUUACAGGACAGGUCCCGGGCACAGUCACGUGAGCUGGCUGCCCUGGGACUGAGAAGCGCUUCUGGGAUGCCCCCGUCGUGGAAGAAACCCGGGAGGAACAGAAAGCUUAAGCCUAAGCGGGCUCAGCCACGUGACUCCUCCGGGAGUACAGCAUCCGGAGGCCUGGCCCCCACCCGCGCUCCGCUCACGGGCCUCAACACCACGGCCUGGUCGCCGUCGGACACGUCCCAGUCCAGCUGCCCCGCCACGCCCUUCCCUGGCCCUGUGUCAGCCUACUCUCUGCCCGUGUUCCCCACACCAGGGCCGGUGGCAGCAGCGCCCACCGCCCCCCAGGCUGGCUUCACAGGGCCCGUGGGCACCCAGCCUGACUUUGCAGUCCAGCCCCCGCCGUUUGCAGCCUCCCUGGCUCCAGUCAUGGCGUUGGUGCUGCCUGGUUACCCCUUCCCUGCCGUGGCCCCGAACCUGCCCCAGCCCUUCUUCCCAGGCCAGACUAACUUUGUGGGGCACCCUGAGAUGACCCCUGCCUCCCAGCCCACGUUCCCCGGUCGGACCCCACUCCGCACACAGCCGUGCGCCUGCCCUCCGGCAGAACACGGGCCGCCAGCAUCACGUGCAGCCACUCCAGCCACCCCGUCGUCGGCCACUGGACCCGCGGGCCAGGCCUCCCCACCCCUCUUCCAGUCCCGCAGCAGCUCACCUCUGCAGCUCAACCUGCUGCAGAUGGAGGAGGGGCCCGAGGGCGGCGCUGCGGCCACGGGGGCUGCAGGGACCAUGGCUGCAGGGCCCAGUGCCAAGCCUGCCACUACCCGGGACCGCCCGCCGAAGGCCCAGCCAACACUCAGUGGACCCUGUGAGGCCCAGCACAGCGAUGCCCUCUCCACCUCCAGUGACCUGCUGGACCUCUUGCUGAAUGAAGACCUCGGCUCUGCCACGGGCUCGGCCCUCUCUGGGAGUGGUACCUCUGCCACCUCGGAUUCCCUGGGCCCCGGGUCACUGGGCUGCAGUGCCUCCCGGAGUGGGACAGGCAGCAGUGACACGGGUCACACCAGCAGAUACUUCGGAAGCAUCGACUCUUCGGAGAAUAAUCACAAAGCAAAGUCGGGCGUGGAUGUGGGCCAGAGCGAGCACCUCAUUAAGUACGUCCUGCAGGACCCCGUCUGGCUGCUGAUGGCCGACACGGACGACAGCGUCAUGAUGACCUACCAGAUGCCGGCCCGGAACCUGGACAUGGUUCUGAAGGAGGACAGGGAGAGGCUCAAAGCACUGCAGAGGUUCCAGCCCCAGUUCACGGAAGCCCAGAAGCAGGAACUCCGUGAGGUCCACCCCUGGAUGCAGGCCGGCGGCCUGCCUGCAGCCAUGGACGUGCAGGAAUGUGUUUACUGUGAAAACAAGGGAAAAGGCAGCAUUUGUGUCCCAUACGAGGAAGAGGUUCAAGACGUCUCUGUGCUGGGCCCCAGCACAGUCACGGACACCAACGAGGGAGGAAGUGGACCCCCCUGA